GGAAGGAAUCCUAACCUCUCUGUUAUGUAAUGAAUGGAGUAGACAAUGUUGAAUUGAUGACGGUGGCUUAUCUCUGAGUUGAUUCUAUUUGCAAGAGCUAUUUUGCUGACAAGGUGUAUUAUAGAAUAAUUCUGAGAAACAUCUGCAAGGGCAUCUUCUCAAUUGGUCAGAAAAUCUUUGGUGAAAAUGGUUGAAAAUGUCGAUGUCAUUGUCCUCGGGAGCUGUAUAAUGGACUUUAUCAGUUACGUCCCUCGUAUCCCAAAAGUCGGAGAGACGAUCCAUGGGUCAAGGUUUGCCACAGGUUUUGGCGGGAAAGGUGCUAAUCAAUGUGUAGCAGCAUCACGGCUUGGUUCCCGAUGUGCAAUGGUGGGAAAACUAGGUCAGGACUCAUGGGGUCAGGCCUACAGGGACCACCUGCAGCAGGAAGGCAUUGACAUCACCCAUUUGAGCCAGAUUGAUGGCCAAAGCACUGGAAUUGCUCAGAUAAACGUGUCAGAGUCCGAUGGAGCGAAUAACAUUGUAAUUGUCGUUGGAGCUAAUAAUUCCCUCUCAGUUCCGGACGCUGACUUGGCUGCUCAACAUAUCCCCAAAGCGAGAGUUCUAGUCUGUCAAUUGGAAACACCCAUGAGUGCAACUAUGCGAGCUCUAGAACUCUUUCCUGGAAUCUCAAUUCUCAAUGCAGCUCCGGCUCUUGAGGAUACUCCACAGAAGCUCCUUCAAUUGCCCACAAUUUUCUGUGUCAAUGAAACUGAGGCAUCUCUGAUGACUAAACUUCCCGUUGAGAGUGUUCUGGAAGCCAAAAAAGCCAUUGAAGUACUCCAGGAAAUGGGAGCCAAUACUGUGAUCAUAACUCUAGGAGCCAAUGGGGCAGUUUUCCGAGAAAAGGCAUCUCUGACAACAGUUCAUGUGAAAAUUCCUCCUGUGGAUUCCGUGGUAGAUACUACAGGUGCUGGGGAUGCAUUUAUUGGAGCAUUAGCUCAUCUCCUGGCCAAAGUGGAUUCUCCAGAAUCCUUCGGGCAGCUUGUGGGGGCUGCCUCUGAGAUUGCUUCAAUGUCAGUGAGACUUCCAGGGACACAGUCAAGUUUUCCGAAGAUCUCAGGCUUUGAGAAGCAGAUCCUGACUAAGAAAUAUGACUUAGAAGAAAUCUAAGGAUCCUUCAACGCAGUAAAUUGAACCGUUGGGGUUGGGCAGUAUUCAGCAAAAAUGAAAUUUGGUCAGUAAACAAAAUAGAAAUCCUAGAAAUCUUAUAAAAGAAAUAUUCUUUGAAAAGGGAAAAUUAAGUUGUCUUCGGCAUUUUUGUUUUUUUUAAUGUUUUUUUUUUACUGCUUGAUAAGUUGUUAAAUCUAUUUUUAAACUUUAGAUUUGUAAAAAUCAGAAAUAAAUAAAAUAAAUAUUUGAGAGAAAAAA